AUGUCCGGCAGCGGUGACGUGACCCUCUUUGAGGAGUCUUUUACUGUCACCAACUACGACCAGUUCAAGUACGACCGAGUCGCCCGUAUCUCCGCUACGUCUGCGGACAACCAGACCCUUAUGACCCUUGACAUCAACAUCGAGCUUUUCCCUGCUUCCGUGUCCGACAGCCUGCAUGUAGUCUUGGCUACUUCACUGGCCCACGAUGGGAGCAAGGACGACGAGAAGGGAUGGAGGGACGUCACCAAAGGCAACCAAGACCGAGAGCCCACGCUGGCCGACAUGUUUGACUACGUCUGCUACGGAAAGAUCUACAAGUUCGAGGACGCCGACGAUGGCCAGACUAUCAAGGCAUAUGUUUCCUUCGGCGGUCUCUUGAUGUCCCUCGAAGGCCCUUACAAGAAGCUCACUCCUCUGAGAGUCGACUACGUUUACCUGUUGAUCAAGAAAUGA